AAUGAUGGUUGUACUUAUGUGUAUAGUGUGUUUAAGAAUGAAAGUGGUGUGGAAUUAUGCAGGCACAUAUACCUCCUCCCCCUGGCUACUUUGUGCAACUAGAAAAUCCCGACGAUCUGUUUUUGAAGAAAAGAACGAGGAUGCGUCGGUGGCUUUGCUGUUCGUGUCAGGUCGAGGAGAAUUACCAAUCGCGUGAAAACGAGCAUUUGAAGUGUAAUUCAGAUGGACAUCAAAAGAACUCAAAGGUGGUUUCUCCUAUCAAACCUGAAGAGCGAAAAUCAUCGUCACUUAUUGAAAUGCCUGCAUUAUCAUUAGAAGAACUGAAAGAAAAGACAUACAAUUUCGGAUCAAAUGCUUUAAUUGGGGAGGGUUCCUACGGAAGAGUUUAUUAUGCAAACUUGAAUGAUGGAAAAACUGUGGCUGUUAAAAAGCUUGAUGUUUCCACUGAGCCCAAUACUCUUUUGUCUUAGAUUUGUUUAUAUUCUGAUAUGUAAUUUGGGGUCUUUUACAGGAUGCUGAAGAGUGUUGGACACAACUUUUAUACACCCUUUCUCAGUCUCUUCGAUCAGCUGGUUCUAGUGAAAAUAUAGAUACUGUAAAGGACCUUAUUGGUAUUGACCUUGCAAGCAGGUAGAUAUCUACAGAUUUGAUAGUCAUUUUUUUUCUUUUUAAUAUGAUGACAUUACCUAGUUAGACAAUUUAUAUAUGCUGAUGCCAUUUUCUAUAACUGUUGAAAAAUUGUUGCUGCUAUUCAAAUUUUCAAAUACCACUAGUGCCGUUCAUGUAAGAAAUACAUGUAAAAGUAUAUCAUCUUUAUACCGAGGGAAAAGAUAAAGAAUUUCAAAUUUCAACUAGUCUAAACAAGCAAAACCAGAACAUCCUUCUACUUAUGCCUACAUCGAUAUAGUUUAUGCAGUUUUUAAGUUCAAAUCUGUAUUCCUUUUUGUGCUAGCCACUGUUCCAUGCAGUUUUCGUUACAAAUUAAUGAUUCAUCCUUCUGUAGCUUCAUUGGCUUCCAAAUGAAGAAUACUAUUUCUAAUCGUUAACGCAUUUAUUGUUAACAUGAGUUAAUAAUAUUUCUGUAUUUUGGGUGUUUGGUUGA